AUGUGUAUUUCGUUGACCUGCAACUCGCCGGAGUCCUCCUCCGCCUAUCGGAGGUUUCCAGCGGCGGUGGAGGAGGGUGUCGCCCUGGCUCUUUGUCGUCGUCUUCCACGUAUUCGAUCGGGAAGAACAGCGAUGAAUCAGACGGCGAUGGGGAAGAGGUACGGAGUGAAUAUAAAGGAGGGCCAUUGGAUGGGUUCGAUGCUUUGGAGAAAGUUUUCCUAUAAGGUAAAAGCUUGUUCGAGAUCAGUUAAUAGCAAAACAAGUCCGUUUCCAGUCAAGAGUUGUUUGCUCCGGGGAAAGCAUUGGUCUGAGGGAUCUUUAGUUGCCAUUGUAGAAGACUUGAAAGGACAUGGUGGUACAAAGUGCUGGAGUAACAAAACCUUUGCAUUUCAGUUGAAGGCUUCUUUAAGAUAUGAAUGCUUCAUGAUUCAUCUAAUUCAUAGGCUAAGCAUUGAACUGUCUAUAAACUGGGGUUGGUUGGUUGGAUUGGCCAUAGGAUUUUUACUAGUCUCAAGUUUUGAUCUUCUUAUGGAUGCUAAACCAAUUAUAGUCGGACUGGAGGCACUGCGUGCUUACCAUUCAAUUGACAGGGCUCUUUUUGCUAUCCUUGCAACUGUACUUUGCCGUGAUCCUUUGGAAUCGUUGCAGAUCAUUGCCUUAUGGCUUUGGUUAGAGCAGGUGGGUUUUGGAAAAGUCACUAGGAAGAUCUUGGCAUCUGCUCCGCUGUUCAUCAAUCAAACUGCUGAAGAGGCUAUUAUGUGCCUCAAGUGCAUAAAGGAUUCAAGCUUCAUAUAUUCAGCUGAAGCCACAGAUAUUCCUAUGACUCGUUGCAUUAUUGAGAAAGAUAUAUCACUUUGGUUUUUUAAUGAGAAUCGUGUGACUGCAUUGCAUGAAGUGGGCACGAUUAUUAAUGAAGAUUGCCUCCCUGCAAUGCAAGACGUCAUAAGACAAGCUCAUAAUGGUUAUACUGGAGAAAGUUCAUCAAGAAGCCGGAUAUUAAAUCCAUUAAAUGCUGCUCAGAGUUCUUCCUCUAAUCCUACUUUGAUGCCAUUUAAUGGUGGACGAAGUUCACUAUCAAACGAGUGGCUUCCAUCCAAUGCUUCUCGACGUUCUUUACCAAAUCCCAUUGGACCACUCAAUGGUGGGCGAAACUCAGGACAUAACCAGAUGAGGAUUCCAGCCAAUGCUACUAAUGAAGAAAGUUCAUUGAGAAAUCAGGUGAUGAUUCCAGAAAAUGCUGCUCGAAGAUCUUUAUCAAAUCCUAUUCUUAUGCCAUCCAAUGCUGGACAGAGUUCAUCCAAUGCUGGACAGAGUUCAUCAAAUCCUAAUGUGAUACCAUUCAGUGGUAGACAAAGAUUGGAAUCGAACCAUAUGAGGAUGUCACAUCAUUCCGACGAGUCCAUGAUCCGUAACUUCUCUAGCAUGAGAAUCGGAAGGAAUGCAUUCGGGGGAAAUAAUCAAGUCAUAAAUGAGUUACCACCCGAGGAUCGGACUAUGUUUGUGACAUUUUCUAGGGGUUAUCCUGUGGCUGAAGCAGAAGUUCGGCACUUCUUCACUACGGUCUUCGGAAAUUGCAUAGAGUCCUUCUACAUGCAGGAGGUGGGGCCUUAUGAGCAACCACUUUAUGCUUUGGUCGUGUUCCACAAAGCCUCGUUUAUUGAAGAAAUUCUUGAUGGUACAGAGAAGGUCAAGUUUUCCAUCUAUGGAAAACAUGUUUGGAUGCGCAAAUAUGUUCCAAGAAAUUCUUCCUCCUCUUAA